AUACUAAGGUAGAGCAAAGUUAACCUACGAUGAUUUUGACUGCGAAAUCCCAAUGUAGUUUCCAAACCUAUAAAUUAGAAGCACAAAAAAGAUGUCCAGUGCGUUUGGGUGACUGCAGAUGGCCAUGAAGCAGAGCUGCAACAAACUUUACGUUUGACAACGACGGAUUUGUCGACGGAAGUGACGAACACAAGACGGAAGUUUCGUUUCUCGUUUUUCCCGCGGUUUGAUCAGCUGAACGUUCUGCUGAUUCAGUGUUGCAACCACUUGAGUUUUUUGGAUGCAGUGUGUCGUCCAGCUUUAAUUAUAUCGCCAUACAACAACAAUUGUUGCAACAUUUCCAGUGGCACAGCGGCUAACCUUUUGCUUCUCGGCUAGUAUGAUAAAGUGCUGAAUAUAUUCAGGAACCAUCUGCUUUAAUCUAACAUUAAUAGUACAACUAUGCCUCCUAAAAAGCGGACGCCACAGAACAAGGAAAUAAAACAAAACAUCACCAGCUCAGACAACCACAAUGUCAAGUCUCCGAGCAAGAAUUCAGAUGACUCUGUUGUGUCCACGCCCAAGCAUAGAGACAAAGAAGCAGAUUUCGUCAGCCUCUGCAAAGAUCUCCAGGUGACAAAUUCACUCUGUAAUCACGCAUGGUCCAUAUGGAGGAAAGUGUCGGAAUCCACGGAGAAAAUGCCGGACACAAACCGGAAGAUGUGGGCAGCCUGCCUGUUCGUUGCUGGAAUAGACAUGGAUGCCCCAAGCCCUGGCUUCACACAAGUGCAGAAAGCUGCUGGCCUCAACGUGAAGCAGUUCCUUGAAGUGAUGAGGAACUUGGACGUGAACAUCGACAUCAUCAGUGCCAAAGUGAACUCUGCCGUGAGCAAGCUGGAGAAGAAGUACGACGUCUCCCUGGCCCUCUACCAGCGCUUUGAGAAGAUCUGGAAGGACAUCUACAUGGAGCCCUCGGAGUCAGAGAGCAACGAGAUCUUCAGGAGCGUCUGGAGCAUGUUCAUUUUGGCUAAAGGAAGGUUCCUGCAGAUGGAGGAUGACCUGGUGAUCUCCUUCCUGCUGCUCAUCUGUGUGCUGGAGUUCUUCCUCAAGCGCUCGCCCCCCUCCCUCAUCAAGCCCCUCUACAGUGCAAAGAUGACCCCCACAAGGAGCUCCCGCCGUAACCAUGGUAAAGCCAAACCGCGACCUCCAGAGGCCAACGAGCCGCUGCUGGAGGUCAUCUGUCGGGAGAACGAGUGCAACCUGGACGAGGUGAAGAAUGUUUAUGAGACCGUCUUUUCUCCCUUCUUGGAAUCUUCAGGCUUUUCAAAGUCUCAGGACUUACCAAAGUUUGAAGAGCUGUCGGCAAAGUUCGAAGAAGUUUUUCUAAAAACGAAAGACUUUGACGGCAGGCUGUUCCUGAAUGGUGAAGAGAAAUGCAGCCAGGAGAAAACAGACACAGGCCAUGUGGAGAGUACGCCUAAGAAGCUGGUGUCUGCUGAGGAGUUCAACCCAGCGAUCCUGCAAACCCCCGUCAGGGCAACCUUAUACUCUGUCCAGCAACUCCGGGUCUCCCUCACCUCCGCCAGUGACCAGCCCUCGGACACGCUCAUGACCUACUUCAAGAACUGCACGGUGGACCCUACGGAGGCGGUGGUGGAGCGUGCGCAGCGUCUCGGGGCGCUGUUCGGCCAGGCCUUCGCUCAGGUGGUCAGUCCAGGAUGCUCGGGCCUCGGCAACCAGAGGUUCGCUCUUGGCGUGCGGCUCUACUACAGAGUGAUGGAGUCCAUGCUGAAAUCGGAGGAGAAGAGGCUGUCCGUGCACAACUUCAGUAAACUUCUCAACGACUCCACAUUCCAUACAUCCCUUCUGGCGUGCUCCCUGGAGGUUGUCAUGGCAACAUACGGCAGCGGUCUGUCCACGGACACGGACCUGAGCUUCCCGUGGCUGCUGGGGGUGUUCCAGCUGCACGGCUUCGACUUCUACAAGGUGAUCGAGAGCUUCAUCAAGGCCGAGGCCAGCCUGCACCGCGACAUGGUGAAGCACCUGGAGCGCUGUGAGCACCUGAUCAUCGAGAGCAUCGCCUGGAGAACCGACUCGCCGCUGUUUGAGCUGCUGCAGCGGGCCGGAGAGGAGGGUCGCCUGGAGACCGCCGAGCCCCCCGCCACCUUCCACCAGCCCCCCCAGCACAGCCACACCGCCGCAGACCUCUACCUGUCUCCAGUGCGUCCCAGCAGGUCCGUGCCCCCAGUGCAGGACCCGAGCCCCCCCAGGGUGACCCCGCCCCCAUCGGCCCCCGCCCGGAGCCCCCCCACCACGGCCCCGCCCCCAGCGGCCCCCACCCAGCCCUCCAGACCCCCCAGGUCCAACUCGCUCGGCCACUUCUACAAGAAACUGUACAGGGUGGCAUACCUGCGGUUGAAGAUGCUGUGCACGCGUCUGCUGUCGGACCACGCGGAGCUGGAGCCCAUCAUCUGGACGCUGCUACAGCACACACUCAAGGACGAGCACGAGCUGCUGCGGGACCGACACCUUGACCAGCUGCUGAUGUCUGCCAUGUACGCCAUAUGCAAAGUGAAGUUUGUGGACCUGCGCUUCAAGACCAUCGUUACAGCGUAUAAGGAGCUCCCAAACACGAAUCAGGAGACGUUUAAGCACGUGCUGAUCAGCGAGGGCAAGUACGACUCCAUCAUCGUCUUCUACAAUUUGGUCUUCAUGCAGAGGCUCAAGACCAACAUCCUCCAGUACGCCUCCUCCAGACUUCCCACCCUGUCCCCGAUCCCACACAUCCCCCGCAGCCCCUACAAGAUCCCCAACUCGCCCCUGAGGGUCCCUGGCAGCAGCAACGUCUACGUGUCCCCCAUGAAGAGCUGCGCGUCCCCCAUGACCCCCCGCUCAAGGAUCCUCAUAUCACUCGGAGAGUCAUUUGGGAACUCUGAGCGGUUCCAGAGGAUUAACGAGAUGGUGAAGAGCAGCGAGUGGACGCUGAAGAGGCGGGCAGAUGGCGCCGGCGGGCCCAAACCGCUGAAGAGGCUGCGCUUCGACACCGAGGGGCAGGACGAGCCGGACGGCAGCAAACCCAGUGGAGGAUCAGCAUUGAUUCAGAAGCUCACAGAAAUGAACUCGACUCGGAGCCGGAUGCAGGAGCAGAAGAUGAAGGAGGAGGCGGAGUCUGUGAGAGAGGAAGUGCCCAACGGAGUGGAGAAGCACGAAUGAGCUUUGCCCCUGAUGAAGACGAGGAAGUGAUGAAGACGAAGAAGUGAUUAAGUCGACGUUGGGGUGGAGGGGCAGGAUCGAGGUCUGGACGUUGGGGCGGAGGGGCAGGAUCGAGGUCUGGACGGUGUGUCCCCGAGACCCCUCAGGCUCUGGAUCCUGUUGAAUCAUGGACUUCUGAUCUGAGGUUUUAGACUGUUAGUGCCGCAUGACAGCAAGGCCCUGUGGCGUGUGCUCGGCUUGACUGUUGAAUUAUUCAUUAUUAAUUUUUCUGAAUUAUGUUGAUGUAGCAAUUUAUGUUAGUUUUCCGUUUUUUGAGUGAAAAAAAUGAGUGAAGAAACUGUGGACUGAGGUGGAAAAAAAAAGACAUUCGAUUAGCUGAGUAUUUCUGAAAUAUUCAGGAACUUUUGAGUAGUUGAAUAGCUUUGUCGAAAUGCUGAAUAUACAACUCCUGUGGUGUUUUGCAAAAUCAAAUUUUGGAUUAUAAUAUAUUUUAGGAGGUUGUCGGAUUGUUUUUUAUUUUGUUUUUAUCUUUUGAGCUUCAUUAUCUCACUGCAUGGUCCAAAGUGUUUUUUUUGUUGUUUUUUAAAAUACUUGAUAUUUCAGAUCAUAGUACAGUUCACUGUUUUUAUAAUGUCUGAUAUAUGAAAGAAAUGUUUUUUUCUAUCCUAAGGGGAAAGAGAUACAAAAAGAUAAAGCCUUUGGAAAUACCAUCUGGUAAGAAUAAAUGUAUUAUUGUGUA